AUGAACAGCACCGUAGGUGUGACGGUGGCUGGAGGCAACGGUCCGGGUUCGGCUUCAAAUCAGCUAGAUCAACCGCAUGCUAUAUGGGUUUCAUCCAAGACAGGCUUCAUGUAUAUCGCUGACACAUAUAACAAUAGAAUUCAGCGAUGGAAGAUGAACGAUACCCAAGCAGUUACAAUCGCUGGGACGGGCAUAGCAGGAGAUCUGUCUACCAUGCUUAGUUCACCUGCUGGAGUUGCACUUAACGCUAACGAGACUUUUCUUUAUGUUAGUGAUCAAUAUAAUAAUAGGAUACAACGUUUCGACCUUACUGUUUAA